GGAAAUACGAAUCGAGCUGUGCCCCGUCUAGUCUAUAUGAUAAGUCAGUGUUUUGUUAAACUUAAAAUAUCCCAAGUACAAACAUAAACAAAGUACAAUAAAGCACUCAGAGGCUUGCUUUCUCGUUUAUUCAUGCGCGCUCAAACACACUCUACACUCUCUUCAUUUCCCCUUGUUGCUUCUCUCUCCUCUCUCUCCCCAAGAACAUAAACCCCAGUGUUACUAGUGUACUUGGAAGAAGAUUAUAAGUGGGUAGAAGAUAUCCAGGACUUGAUUUUUUUAUAAGAGGUGACAUCUGUUUAGUUUUUAAGUGAAAAAAGGAGCAAUGGAUCGAGGUUCAAACUAUAAUCCGACAGGUCCUAUUGACAAGUCUAGGGUUUUGGAUGUGAAACCAUUAAGAAGUCUCAAACCAAUAUUUUCGCCGCAAAUGGGCUCAUCUCAGACCGGUCCAUUCCCAGGUGUCCCUCCAACUGGUCCGUUUGCGCCUGGCGGUCCAUCCUUUUUCCCUUUUGCUUCCGGAAAUGAGUCACAGAGAGCUUCUGGGUUUGCAAAUGUCAUACCCUCGCCAGUUCCGUUGAACUCUUUUAGAACUCCAGACACACAAUAUUCAAAUGGAAAUGCAGGGCCAUCGAAAACACGAGGCAGGCCUCGAAAAGGUAGAACUGAAGAUGACUACGGAGCUUCUGAUCUGGGUGAAAAUUUAGAUGACCCAAGUAGCGGAAGGAAGCAAAGAGGUAGCUCUCAUAAAAGGGCAAAGGGUCCUGCUAAUCUUUCCUCGGUUCAAGUAAGCAUUGAUGAUACUCUUGAUCAGUUCUUGAGAGCAUUUAAGCUAACAGCAUUGGAAUCCCAUCAACAAGCUGAUGGGAAUAAGGAAUUAGUUGCAAGAGUACUCCUGACAUAUAAUCUGUUUCGGAGAAGACUUUUUCAGAUUUGUGAAGCUAAGGAGGAUAUUCCGGGGGGUACCAAUCGUCCAGACUUAAAGGCUGCUACAACUUUAAUGAAUAAGGGGGCCAGGACAAAUAGCACGAAGAGGGUUGGACCUGUACCUGGAGUUGAAGUAGGUGACAUAUUCUUUUUCAGGAUGGAAAUGUGCAUGGUAGGAAUGCAUGCCCCGACAAUGGCUGGGAUAGAUUAUAUGACUGUCAAACUGUCUGCUGAUGAUGAACCUGUGGCUGUAAGUGUUGUUUCUUCAGGAGGAUAUGAAGAUGAUGGUGAGGAUGGGGAUGUCCUAAUCUAUAGCGGGCAAGGUGGAGUUCAAAGGAAAGAUGGUCAAAUAUUUGAUCAGAAACUUGAAAGGGGUAACCUUGCUUUGGAAAAGAGCUUGCAUAGGGCUAAUGUUGUUAGAGUUAUAAGGGGGGUGAAGGAUGUCCCUAAUGGAACUGGGAAGAUAUACAUCUAUGAUGGCCUUUAUAAAAUACACGAGUCAUGGGUAGAUAAAGGAAAAGGUGGUUGUAGUGUUUUUAAGUACAAGUUUGUUCGAGUGCCUGGUCAGCCUGAAGCAUUUACGUUGUGGAAAUCAAUUGAACACUGGAAGGCAGGAUCUGGUACAAGGAUUGGUGUUAUUCUGCCUGAUCUUACUUCAGGGGAAGAAACUCUACCUGUAUCUCUCGUAAAUGACAUAGAUGAUGAAAAGGGUCCAGCAUAUUUCACAUAUUCUUCAACUCUCAAGUAUGAUAAACCAUUUGAUUUGCCCGUUCCAUCAUCAGGCUGUGCUUGCCAUGGUGGAUGCCAAGCUGGUGAUGCAAAUUGCCCCUGUGUUCAAAGGAAUGAAGGUUUUCUUCCAUACAAUUCACUUGGCGUAGUUUUAAAUUACAAUUCCUUGAUACAUGAGUGUGGUUCUUCUUGUUUAUGCCCUCCAAACUGCCGAAACCGGGUUUCUCAAGCAGGAUUAAAAGUUCGGUUGGAGGUGUUUAGAACGAAAGAUAAAGGUUGGGGACUUAGAUCCUGGGAUCCCAUCCGCAGUGGAAUGUUUAUUUGUCAGUAUGCUGGAGAUGUUAUUGAUGCAUCCAGUAUUAUGGACCUUGGAAGUGAACAUGAAGAGUAUAUAUUUGAUGCUACCAGGGCAUAUCCUUCACUGGACUACACUUCUAAUGGGUCUGCAGAAGUUCCCUUCCCCCUAGUUAUCAGUGCUAAGAAUACUGGGAAUGUGGCUCGCUUUAUUAAUCACAGCUGUUCUCCUAAUGUUUUCUGGCAGCCAGUUUUGAGAGAUAGUGGAGAUAAAACUUAUCUUCAUGUUGGUUUUUAUUCUAUUGGACACAUUCCUCCCAUGCAAGAGCUGGCAUUUGAUUAUGGGAUACCUAAAUCUGACAGAGCUGCACUGAGGAGGAAGAGAUGCUUAUGCGGAUCUUUGAAUUGUAAGGGUUACUUUUAUUGAUGAUGAAGACCCUUUAGAGUUCUGACAGAUGCAUAUGAAAAAAGUUAUCUGUAGUCUGAUGGCAAGAAGCUAUUCUGGAUGUAGUCAACUGCGAUACAGCCAGGAGCAGUAGUAACUUUAGCUUUGCAUGUAUUUAGUAGAUAGGAAGUUAUGGUUCAAGUGAAACAUUUGUGUUGUAAGAAACUUUUGUAAUGCUAGUCCUUUCCCUUUGUUACUUGUCUGUAGCCGGCAGUCUAUCCGCAACUGGCAGACUAUUCUCACAGAUAUUGGCAAAAUUCUGUGUGCUGGAUUUCAUGUAUUGUGUUAAGCCUCGAUAUAACGGCCAAACCUUUUGACUUGAAACAAAUUAAUGUAGCAGCUUGUUAUGAUGCA